AUGGUGUCAAGUAGCUUCUCUGUCGAUACUCAUAAAUAUGAUGACGAUGGAGUCAUAAAACGAACUGGAACAUGGGUAACUGCGAGUGCACACAUAGUGAGUGCUGUGAUAGGAUCUGGAGUUUUGUCAUUGGCAUGGGCUGUUGCACAAUUGGGGUGGAUUGGAGGAGUUGUCUCUCUGAUACUUUUCUCAUUCAUUACUCUCCUCACUGCUUCUCUCACGGCUGAUUGUUAUAGGUAUCCUGAUCCUGUUUAUGGAAUCAGAAAUCCUACCUACAAAGUAAUGGUAAAAAAUAUUUUAGGAGGAUUUCAAUAUAAGCUUUGUGCAUUAGCUCAGUACACAAAUCUUGUGGGUAUUACCAUUGGCUUCACUCUCACAGGAUCCAUUAGCAUGGAGGCCAUAAAAAAAUCAAAUUGUUUUCAUAAACAUGGCCAUGAAGCAGAUUGCAGUACAGCCACUUAUCAAUUUAUGGCAAUCUUUGGACUCUUUCAGAUUAUACUAAGUCAAAUCCCUAAUUUUCAUAAACUUUCAUUCCUCUCUAUUGUUGCUUCUGUCAUGUCUUUUGGUUAUGCUUUCAUUGGCAUUGGUCUCUCCAAAAUCUUUGAAUUUAUUUUAAUACUGUUGGACUAUUUCUCUUGA